GCAAGUCGACAGAUGUUAGGCGUGUGAUGUGUGCCGGCGAUGAGCAUCUUCGGAGCGUUGAUGAUGUCUUGUUCCUGGACGAUUGCAACACCGCGCUACCGAUGCACUAGCUUGCAUGGGCAAGAGAUCCGUCAUGUCCAUGGACUCGCACCACAACGGUCAGCUGUUUCCUUGGCAAUUACCGAAAAUCCCGUUAAGAAGAUGAAAAUAAAAGAACAGCUCGCUCCCGGCUUCUUCUUGGACUUGGAGAAGGUAUUCGCAGAUAACCCCUGUCGAUUCCUGGAACACAGCAACCAGCGAGCCUUCCAUCCCAUUACCACGGCCGACAUCACCUAAUCCAACAUGCGCGGAAUUUUCUCCUCUCUAUUCUCGGUCUUAGCCGCGACGGUCACCGCAGAGACACUUCUCUACCGCAACACCUUUAACAGCACCGAUGCCCUCGCCGGCUGGGUCGCCGAAGGCCCACUGACCUCGAAUAUUUCGAAUAACACCUUGACUCUGGGAGGCGCCGGCAAAAUAGACGAUUACUUCGUGUACUGGCUUCCAGAAGAAUUCCCAGACCAAAUACGUAUCACCUGGGAGUUCUCGGCCAUUCAGGAACCUGGCCUCGCAAUGUUUUUCUUCGGCGCGACAUCAGUCAACGGCACCAGCAUUUUCGACCCGAGUCUCAAACCCCGCAACGGCUCGUACCCUCAAUAUCACUCGAGCGAUAUUCGCAUGCUUCAUGCGUCGUAUUUCCGUCGUCGAUGGCCCGAAGAGCGUGCGUUUAGUUUGGCCAAUCUGCGCAAGUCGCCUGGGUUCAAUCUUGUUGCUCAGGGUGCUGAUCCGCUGCCGCCUGUGGCCGAUGCGCAGGGUGCAUUCUAUAAGAUUGAAGUUGUCAAGGACAAGCGUGAAGUGAAGUUCUCGAUCAAUGGGCUGCUGGUGUUUUCGUUUGACGAUACCAAGACGGAUACCGGACCUGUCGUUCGUGGAGGUCGCAUCGGGUUUCGUGGAAUGCAGCCACUGAUAGCCCGGUAUCGUAAUCUUGAGGUCUGGAAGCUUUAGGGAAGUAGCGUCCGGGUAUAAUAGUUGAAAAGAAUAACUGGGCAUUCUCGAACGUGCAGUUCGGUCUUGUAUAGCAACCAGUAUCAACUGUUAUGCCCAUCUUUUUUGUCUACCGAUAACGCGUAUGCCCAGAAGUCGGAAAAAGGUUCGAAUCUUACUUCAUGUUAUUAUCCAUUUUCGCUCAGACGUCCUGAGACAUCAUAUCUUUGCUGGGAUCAGUUCAGUGAAGGACCUUAAUCUGACUAUUUCGGGGACGAACGAGAGAAAAUUGAGAGGCUCCUUAGGAGCAAAACCUGAAAGAGCGACACGACUGAGAUUAGUCCUAUGCAUGUGUGGUGUCUACUAGACUCUUGAGCCAGCGUACCAGUGUUCAGUCCGCAUCC